CAGACCAUACACCUCUUGUCCUUACCAGACUUGUUUUAGAUCAGCAAGGUCAUGAGCACCCAGUUUCUGUACCGGUAUCAUUUGGAGUCACUUACAAUUUACACCUGGCUUCUGUUUUGAAUGAAUCUACGACUCUUCAUUUUUUAACAGCCACACAAACUCACCAAGAAGAGCUUUACGUCUAUUCUCAUACAUUUUAUGAUGUACGCAGCUCAGAUUAUGCUAAGGGGGUAGAACCUUGUGGCGGCACUAUUUGUGGUUCAAAAGAACACAACAAAAACCUACACGUACUGUCAAACUUGAGUAGGAACAAAGGACUUUGGUUAUCACAAGCCUCAAACUGUUGUUCACUUCAUCAAUGUAAUGGACGCUCACACAUUUGCCAACCAUCUUCCAACCAUUAUAAGAAUGAAAAAGGAACUCAAGGAUGUUCCUCAAAGAAGUUGUCAAGUUUCAGUGUUAUGAGUUACAAUAUUUGGAAUUUUAACACAUAUCACAAGGACAGCAGAGAAUAUCCUAACAGAAUGUAUGCCUUGGCCGGGGUAAGCUAGAACUUAGAUAUUUUUUACCCUUAUUUAAAUUAAUCUCCUAUGACUUAUUAAAAUGCUUUUUGAGAUCAUUCUCUUGUUACACAUAAUCAUAAAGCUCUGAUUGAGGCUAAAAAUGUGUAGUUACUGAAUCUAAUUUUUUUCUCUCCGAUUCUUCUCAGCUGCUUAAACAGGCUAACCCAGAUAUUGUCUCUUUUCAAGAAGUGCGUUUUGAGACUCCAUUAGGAGAAAAUCUGGGCCCUAGUCAAAUGAAAUACCUUAUUUCCCAAUUACAUGAUUAUCAGGUAAUUUAUUUAAUUUUAAAGGAAAGCAUUUUUUCCUUAUACUACCUGGUACCGGCACUAGAUAUUUUUAAAAUAUGAAGUUUAAGGAAAUAUGUGUAUUACUUUCACUUUCGGCACAAUGACAGCAUCACACAGUUUUUAAUAGUUAACAUAUUUAAUUUUGUAUAAAGGAAUUAUUUCUCAAUCAUCACAGUUUGUCUAUCAGCCAGCACAAAUGCAAGGCAAUAGUCUUGAGCAAGGAAGAACAGAAGAAGGUUUAGCCAUUUUCUCUAAAUUUCCCAUAAUACAUCACGACUACUUACUUUUAUUCAGGUAAUUAUAGAUCAAAUCUCCCAUACGGAAACUGUUCAACUAAGAAAAUAUAGCCCAUUUGUUUAGUUCCACUGUUUUAUUUUAUGUACAGAAUGUAUUGCUAAAAUGUACUUUGAAUGUCAAGUAUUAAAGGACUAAAGUUUGAUAAAAGAUUAUUCUCUCUCAGAAAUCAGAGCAAUUCAGCAGAUCAGAAUCAAAGGGUGUGUUUACAUGUUAUCAUUGAGAUGCCCAUUGUUGGAAAGGUAAACAUCCACACUUGGACAUAUUAUUAUUAUUAAUAUGUAACACAUGUCAAAUAAUUGGUAUGAAACCCUAUUUGAACUAUUUUAAUUUUGUUAUUAAAACUUUCUACUUUAAAUUAAACUUAAAUGCUGAAAUUCACAAUACUAAAUUUAAUUUAAUUAUUGCGGGUGCUCACAAUUUAAACAGUGCAUUACAUAAAAAUAAAUCCUUUUUUUUUUCUUCUUUCCAAUUAAUUUUAUAGAUAGCAGGAGGAACUAUUUAUAAAAUCAAAUUCUGACUCUGAUUAUUUUAGGUUCAUAUUUUCAACACACAUUUGUCGCUGAGUCAUGAGGCCAGAGAAGAAUCUGUCAAGCAGAUUUUAGAGUUUAUGUUGAGUUGUGGGGACGAGCCAGCCAUCCUUAUGGGAGAUCUCAAUGCAACGCCAGAGGAAAAGGCGAUCAGGUCUGAAGUAUGUUCUGUCUAUAGCAGCAGUUCUCUCCCCUUUAAGGGUCGCCUAAGACCAUUGAAAAACACACAUUUCCGAUGGUCUUAGAAACCGAUUGAUUUGGUCUGGCUAAAAAAAGACAUGUCACAAAUUUUCAUUAUGAUUGGUGACGAAUUUGUGACUAAACUGAGUUCAAUUUCCUUAUCUAACGACACUGUUAGAAGAAGAGCAGAUGACGUGUCUGAUGAUAUUCUUGAUUACGUAAUACAGGAAAUUUAAUCUGCUCCACUUCCAGUAUGUAGCGUCCAACUGGACGAAUCUACAGACGUUGCAAAAUGUUCACAGUUACUGGUUUACGUGAGGUAUACUAAUGAUGGCGACUUUAAAGAUGAGUUUCUUUUUUUCAAACCUCUUGAAAUGACAACUACUGCACAGUUGGUUUAUGUCUGAAAAAUCAUACGAUCUCUUGGGAAAAGGUUUGUGGUGUUUGCACAGAUGGUGCUCCAGCAAUGCUAGGACGUCAUAGAUGGUGCUCCAGCAAUGCUAGAACGUCAUAGAUGGUGCUCCAGCAAUGCUAGGAUGUAACAGAUGGUGCUCCAGCUAUGCUAGGAUGUCAUAGAUGGUGCUCCAGCAAUGCUAGGAUGUCAUAGAUGGUGCUCCAGCAAUGCUACGAUGUCAUAGAUGGUGCUCCAGCUAUGCUAGGAUGUCAUAGAUGGUGCUCCAGCUAUGCUGGGAUGUCAUAGAUGGUGCUCCAGCAAUGCUGGGAUGUCAACAUUUGUUACUGAAUGAGUCACCAAAAGUCAUCGAAAUUCACUGAUUGAUUCAUCAGCUAAUAUUAGCAAUGAAGACGCUGCCACGAGGGUUACAAGAAGUAACUAAUAGCGUCAUAAAUUCUGUCAUAAGUUCUGUCAAUUUUGUAAAGGUGAGCACUUUAAACAGUCGACUGUUUUCGUAACUGUGCAACGAGUUGGAUGAGCCGAACAAUGCUCUGCUAUUUCACACUGAAGUUAGUUGGUUGUCAAAAGGAAAGAUUGUAAAACGUGUUUUGGAGCUUCGUGAUAAACUCAAAAACUUAUUAAAUCAGAAUGCAAGACUGCAGUUCGAAGCUCUUUUUUGUGAUAAAAGUGAACUGCAGAAAAUAGCUUACUUGGAUGACAUCUUUGCCAUAUCGAGUUAAAUUUAUCACUGCAAUGACCAAAUGCAACAUGUCUCGAUUUGUCUGAAAAGAUGCGAUCAUUUAAAUUUUAAUUUCAGCUUUGGCCAAUAAAAAUUGGAGGAAAAUAAAAUUUACAUGGUGCCUCUCUUAUCUGGUUUCUUUGAGGAACAUGACAUUGAACCAAAGGGAUAACGAUGAUAAUUCUGUGAAGGAACACUUGCACAUGCUUGGAGAUGAAAUUUCAUCGUACUUUCCAAAUCUACUUGACACCCCAUUUGCACUUGCCAGAAUUCCAUUCACAGUCAAAGUUGAAGAUGUUCCUGAGUCAACACAAGAGAAGUUCAUUGAACUUAUUAACAGUGAUGCAGCGUGAACUGAUUUCCAAUGCCAGUUACACAAUUCUGGAUCAGGUGUUUGCAGUCAUAUCCUGUUCUGCAUGAGACUGUGUUGCGACUUUUCCUUCCAUUUCCAACAUCAUAUUUUUGUGAAACAGGGUUUUCCAGCUUGUUGGUAAUCAUGUCUAAAUAUAGAAGUUUUUCUUAUCUGGUAAAAAAGAAAAAUUCUCCACCUUCCCACUGACGAUGGCUUUUUACGCAUAUUGUCGCAAAAUGUAGCAAAGUAGUUUACUGUUGUUAUGUUAAGACUGUUACCCAUGCUACACCAUGCUUCAAGACAAAAUUUCAUUUAUUGGUAAUUAGAAAUAACUAUUUCACAAUUUAUAAUUACCUAUUGUUUUUUGUGAUUAAUCAUUAUGCUUUAAUUAUUUUCAAUUUGUAACAAUCAAAAUACAUCCUGCGUAUCAGAUAUUAACAUUGCGAUUCAUAACAGAAGCAAAAUUACAGGUAUGAAGUAGCAACGAAAAUAAUUUUAUGGUUGGGGGUCGCCACAAUAUAAGGAACUGUAAGCAUUACAAAAGUUGAGAACCACUGGUCUAUAGUGAUAAGUGUUUCAAAGUACUAUUUACUUUAGUUUGUUUUGUUGAAAAAUGAUGGUAAACUGAUGUUAUCAAGAUUAAAUGGUGUGGUUUUUUUAAAUGAAUUGAUGAGUACGGUAAAUGAGAUACUUUUUUUUCUGGAAUAUACUUUUUUGUAAAUGAGAUACUUUUUUUUCUGGAAUAUACUUUUUGGGAUUGUCUUUAAAUUAGUGAUGAAUUGAUUUUUAUGAAAUUUAAAAAAUUUGCUUUGUUAUAGCUGGAUAUUGUGAUGACAGUUGCUCUGUCAUUGCAGGAAUGGUGUUAUGACAGUAGUUCUGUCAUAGCAAGAAAUAAACAUGUAUCCUUAAAGAACCUGGGGUCUUCAACACAAUCCUUACUGAAAAUUCCCAGUGUGGAUGAACACAGAAAAAAGUCUUAAGGAGUGCGCUCUUUUGAUAGCGCCAAAAUUAUGGAACGGUUUGCCUCAAUCUUUGAGCGGAAUUGAAAAUGAUAAAAAAAUCAUUUAAGAAACAUUUAAAAACUUUUUUGUUUAAAUAGAUUAAAGAAAACCAGAGCGCAGUGAGCAUGCUAAAGUAGCGUGGAUGCCAGUGCUAUAUAAAUAUCCAAUCAAUCAAUCAAUCAAUCAUAGCAAGAAAUGGUGUGGUGACAGUAGUUCUGUCAUUGCAAGAAAUGUUAUGAUAACAGUUGUUAAAAACUCACCAGGUUUUUAAAAAUCUUUAAUUUUGCUAUCAAAUCAAGUUACUUUGAUUGAUCAUGGCUGCAUGUGUUUUUUCAGAAUGUUAACAGAAAAUACAAUGCUACUAGAUACAUGGAGUUACUUACGGCCUGAGGACUUUGGUUUUACAUUCAGCUGUAUAGAAGCAGAACUUUCUAAACGAGUAAAUCAUUCUUUUUUGCUAUUAAUGAGUUCAUCUUUUGAAAUCUCUUCAUUUAAUCUACAUUUUAUGGACAAAGAAUAAAAGUAAGGGCAAAGAAAAAAUUACAAAUGACCAACAGAAAAAACAAGAAAAUUGUAGCUCAAGUAACUGUCUAUAAAUUAUAAACAAUGGGCUAUAUUCUUAGUCAAGGUUCACAUACAUUUUAUUUCUAGUGAGAAUAUAUUAUCAAUCAGUGUACACAUAUAUUUUACAGAGUUAUUACACCAUCAGUCAAGUUUCACAUCUAUGUAAUUUCAUUAAAUACUGAAGUUUUUGUUUUUUUAUGUUGUUUCAUGAUUGACAUUGCUGUCAUAUCAAGUUUUUUAUUUAAUUUUUCAGAUUGAUUAUAUUUUUUUGAAACAAACUGAAAAAGUUACACCUGAGAAUAUUGAAGUUGUCCAAGACAAAACUAAGUAA